GCUGCUUUGAGGGACAGGUCCGGUGGCCAAUAGGCCUGCAGCCUUGGCCAGAACCACCCAAUGGGAGCGUGCGGAUCCGGGCUGAGGGGCGGUCCUGGCAAGGAGGCAAGUUAGGCUGAGGAGUGGGCUGUUAGAAGUCGCCGUGCGGCUGAGGCAGCGGCGGGGAAGAUGGCAGAUUUUUUGAAAGGAUUACCAGUCUACAACAAAAGCAACUUCAGUAGAUUUCAUGCAGACUCUGUAUGUAAAGCAUCGAACAGAAGACCGUCAGUAUAUCUUCCCACAAGGGAAUAUCCAUCUGAACAAAUCAUAGUAACAGAAAAGACAAACAUACUUUUGCGUUAUCUACAUCAGCAAUGGGACAAAAAGAAUGCAGCAAAGAAGAGGGAUCAAGAGCAAGUGGAAAUAGAAGGUGAGAAUUCGGCACCACCACGGAAAAUUGCUCGGACAGACAGCCAGGACAUGAAUGAGGACACUUAAACUCUUGCUCUCUCCUACACUAUUUUGCAGGCGCUUCCUGUUUUGUCUCAAAAUGUGUAAAUUUCCGCGCCCCUUCCCCUCCUCCACUAUGCAGCCCAAACCACUUCUGACUUCAUAGGAGCCAAUGUAUUUAUUUUUUCUUCAGUUUUUAUUUAUGCUGUAAAACUUAUGGAGCAAUCAAUGGUGGAACAAGUCAGCAAAUGAUGUAUUGUAACUUUAAUCCUUUUUUAAAAAACAUACAUUGUCACUUUUCCAGAUUUUGUUAAACCUGUUGCUUAAUUAACCCAGUUUGCCGUGGAAGCCUGGAGAGGAGACAUGAUUUUACAGCAUGCAAAUUCCAGUGGUAUAGGCUUUCUGGUUCAUAUACCCACUGGUAUAUUACAGUAGUCAACUCUGUAUUGGCUGUAACCAGUCUAGCAGUAAUUUUUUUAUUUUGGGGGGGGAGGGCGGGGGAUGAAAGGGCUCAUCCGCUCUGAAAUGUUGAUCCUAAAAUCAGCACUGUACUAGGAAAUCCUGGGGGGUCAUUAGGGUUAUGCUGAUCUUAUCAAAUGUGGUCAGCUUGAUAGAACAGUUGUGGGUUUUUUUGUUCAGCAGCAUGUGUUAUCACACGCAUCAAUGGUCAUGGAGAAUUCAAGUGACAGGUGUGUUGCUUUGGUUGCUCUUACAUUUUAACAGCCUUUUGGUCUUGAAUGGACUGGUAUGUGCAACUUCUCCACUGGAAUAAAAAGGAUACUUUUAUCCUACUGAGUAUUUGAUCAACAGUGUCUUUAAAAUGGCAGCAGGUGGAAUGGAAUUGGUAGGUCUACCUUAUAAUCUUGUUUGUUAAAUUUGAGAAUCAAAAUGGGUACAGCUGGGCAUCUAGAUUGUGAGAGAGGAAGUAGCCAACCAGUGAUUCUGAAAAAUCGUAUAUUGCAUGAUUGGAGCUGAGUCCAGGACUUCUGGAUGCAAAGUAGCUGAACAAGAUGAGCUUCUACAGUCUAUAUUAAAGACAGACCCUCUUUCAUUUGGACAAUGACAGUUCAGUUACCGUCACCUGUAACCCUUUGCUGGCUAUCUUCAGUAGGCACCAAAUACAAAACCCUCAAGAUGUCUAAGCGGCGUCAAAGGAAACCAGCAUAGUUGGUUGAAGGUCUCUCUCUCUCUCACUAUUGACUGUCCAUUCUGCUUUUAAUGUGAAAAGCUGAGUCUGUUUUUAGGUUGAUAUCCAGAUUGUUGCUUUCCAUUACUCUUUUCCCAGCAUCUCUGCUCAUCCGCAAAUUCUAAACAAACUGAGUCCAGAAGCCAUGUGAGCCUCUUUCUAGAAAACCAUGGGUAAGCCUAGUUCUGCAGGGAGUUUGACCGUGGUGGUUAAACUCAGAUGAAAGACUUGUGAAGACAGGGCUCAUGCCGCCUCCUUCACUACUGUGUCCGAAUCAGGCCAGUGGACAGAACUUGUUCGGAAUAAAAGCAUGAUGGGAGUGAAAGCCAUCAGCAGCACAGUUUAUCUUAUAAGCAGGACAUAGUCUCACUUAUUGCUGCAUUUUUUUCAAGUAUGUACAAGGCGCUAAGCUCUUAUUCUACUAUUCUUCAUCUCACUUUUUCAGUAAAGAUCAUUGUUAUUUAAACCUAAAAUUGUACCUGCCCUUAAAAUAGCUACGUUUUGCUGCAGCAGUUCCCCUCCAGAUUAUCGGGUUCAAACACCAGCUGUGUUGGUGAGGACGAAAAUAUGGUUUUACAAUUUUGUUCUACUGGCAAUUGCAACUUAACAGAACUUCUUUACCCAGAGCUGUGCUGCCAAAAAAGAUGGUGUCAUGUGAAAUACAAAAAGUAAACGGAAAAUGCUAUGUUAGCUUCAAGGACAUGUUGAAAGGUUUGUAAGAUACCAAAGGAGGAAAUGGGCGUAGUGCUGAUGACAGAAGUUUAACGAAUGCUGUGUUUUUUAGCUACAUCUGAGAGUUCCAGUCUCGUUUGUCAAGUGCUGUUUAAUUCCUUGCUAAUAGAGAAUUUGGAGCUUUGCUGACCUCUCUGGUACAGCAAGUGAAGUACCAUUAAAGAGUUGGCAGUACCGUCCUGUUCUAUACCCCCAUCUUUGUUCCUUUUACAGUAAAUGGGACCUUGUUGGUAGUGGAGCCUUUGAAAUCUUACAAAUAAAAUUUUGUUUAAUUUACUAAAAAUCUCUGCAAUUCACACUCUUAGGGGAAAAAAAUAGUUGCUUUUAGUUUCCUGAGAGCAAGUCUGAAGCAAUGGGGGGAAAAAAACUUUAGUUAAACAAAAAUUCUUGUCCUUUCAGUCAAACUAUUGCAUUUUGCUUUUGAUGUUAGCUGUACACAAGCAGCAUGGAUUUCUGAUGCUCUCAAACAGGUAUCAUUGCAUUUUACUGAAAGUUUUGGUGUCUUGCUCAGCUGGUCAGAGUUCUCUAAUCUGAACUGAAAGCCUCCUCCCUCAGCAUCCAGUUUCCAUGCUGGUAAUGGCUUGAAAAUGCCACCUUCAAGCUGCCACACAUUCAAAAUGUUUCCACUGCUGUUUAAUACAUGUAUAUUAGGUUUGUGUUGCAUGUGAAAACCCUCUCACCCAAUUGAUUGUCUGGUGUCUUAGGCAAAUCGUACAUUAAACAGAGAUCCAGAACUUCUCCAACAGUGUUCAGUUUGUAUAAUAUGUAGCUCCUCUAAUACUUUCUGAUUAUCUUGUUACAAAGUGACUGGGAUUUAGUUACCCUAAACGGGUAUUUUGUGUAUGUCCACAUAGUGGUAUUUUUAUUGUUUCUGAUAUUGAGGUAUAUUGUACAAAAUUUUUAUAAAACUUUAGAAGCUUGUCAAAAAGAUCAGAAGAGAAUUUUGGAGUGAAUAGUGCGACUUUUAGCAGAAAUUGGAGCUGCAGGAACAUAUUUCCCUCUUUAUUUCAAUGAGAAAUAUAGAGGACGCUGAAUCCUAGGAAUAGCCUAGCAAGCAUCUGCUCUCCCCUGCAAGGCAGAUAGCUCCUGUACUGGAUAGCAUUGAAGUUUGUGCUGUCUCUAUUUAGUAAUCCCUCAGAGCAAUUGGAUGUGAUGGGUAAAUCUCAGUUAUUUCAAUAGCAACCAUCGCCUUUUUUUUAAACAAAGACUGGAUGUAGUUAGUGGGUGUUAUCACAGGAUUAGUGACUGACAAGGCAAAACCAAAGAUGUCUUAAACUAACUCCAGAUAUCAAAUGUUGACUUCAGAGGAGUGUUCGAAGGGAUUUUAUUCUCUUCCCCUCCCCUGGCUCCUAAUCAACUAUUGAAAUUCGAAAGGGAAGUUUUGGGAUUUUUUUUGUUUUUUUGUUUUUUAAAUAAACUUUGGCACAUGUUCCAUUCCAGUGGUCAUAAGUGGUCCCAUUUGCUCUGCAAAGGCCCUAUUUAUUUAUAUCAGUGGUUGGUUCUUCAGACUUGCCAGUUGCUUUAUUAUCUGGGUACAUUGUUCAGUGUUCAAGACGUUUCCUUGAGCAAACACAGGGACAUACAAAGGAAUAUUGCAAAUACUGCUGAGGGAGGAUGAUCUGUUUUGAGUAAAACUGGCAGGCUGGUAAGUGCCACUGUUGGCGCUUAGAGUCUGAGAAUGUUUUCGAAUGCCGUUAGCCAUAAGAGCACUGGAUCUGUACUCAGUUACAAACCAAGCUACAAUGGUGAUCAGAAACAUUGUGAAAACCCUGCUGGACAGGGUGUGUUUGUGAGGAAGAAUCGACCAACUCCCCUAUCUGUUUAAAACUUUGGCUAGACUCUGACCUAUUUUCCCAGCCUAGACAGGGCGUGAGGCUUUAGCAUAGGUAGGGGAUGUCUACGCUGCAAUGAAAAACUCACAGCUGGCUUAGCCGAAGAGGCUGUUUUGUUGUGCUGGAGCCCAGGCUGUAGGACCCUGUGAGGUAGGAGGUUCUUAGAGCUCAGGCUGUAGCCCAAACAUCUACAUCACAAUUAAACAGCCCCUUAG